AUGUGCGUGCCCAAAACUCUUAACCACACGAGUCGGCCCCAGGGAGAAUGUGGAGCCACAGGAUCUGGUCGCCACUCGUCUUGGUCGCCCCAGUCUUGGCAGGGGUGGGGGAGGAGCGAUUCCAACUUGCGACAGCAAGAGCUGAAGACGUGUGGUCCUGCCUGCUCUAAAGCCAGGGACAUUCGUCCUCAGCCUGCGGAUCGGCGGCGCCCUGGGAAGCCCUUCUGGGUGGGGAGGGUGAUGCCUGCCUCUUUAUCCCCUUCACUCGGUUUCUGCCCGCCUCUCGUUCCCUGUCCCGAGGUGCCCAAUGCCUGGUCCUCCACCAGCCCAAGCCCAGAUGCUGCUGACUCCGGAGCCCUGCAGCCUUCUUGCGUGAGGAUAAACGCCCGGCCAGCUCUCCCGGCCCGCCCGCCACCCGCAACUCGCUCCCGCCCCCCUCUUCCCGGCAGCCCUCCGAUUGGCGGCCGCGCCGGGCGAAGACGCCCGCUGAUUGGCCGCAGGGCCCUCAUCACACGGGACGCGACUCUGGGGGCGGGGCCUGACAAGAAGGCGGUGGCGCCCGGGCAUCCACUCGCGAAAGGAUACCUCCCGGUCCCGAGGGGCGCUCUUGUCUGCAAGGAGGGCGUGGAGCCGCAGAACGGGCCCAAAGCGGGCGGCCUGCCCUUGAACGGGGUCCCCCGGGACAGCCCCGCCGCCGCCUCGGGAGCCCUGGGCGGACCGCAGACUCCGCCGGCCCCGGAAGAGGAGACCCAGGCCCGGCUGCUGCCUGCGGGCGCCGGAGAGGAGACCCCGGGAGCCGAGGGCACCCCGCUGCCCCGGACGGCACUCUCCCCGCGGCGCUUCGUGGUGCUCCUGAUCUUCAGCCUGUACUCGCUGGUGAACGCCUUCCAGUGGAUCCAGUACAGCAUCAUCAGCAACGUGUUCGAGGGCUUCUACGGCGUCUCGUUGCUGCACAUCGACUGGCUGUCCAUGGUGUACAUGCUGGCCUACGUGCCCCUCAUCUUCCCGGCCACCUGGCUGCUGGACACCAGAGGCCUGCGGCUCACCGCGCUCCUGGGCUCCGGCCUCAACGCCCUGGGCGCCUGGGUCAAGUGCGGCAGUGUGCAGCAGCACCUCUUCUGGGUCACCAUGCUGGGCCAGUGCCUGUGCUCCGUGGCCCAGGUGUUCAUUCUGGGCUUGCCCUCUCACAUCGCCUCAGUGUGGUUUGGGCCCAAAGAGGUGUCCACCGCUUGUGCCACUGCCGUGCUGGGCAAUCAGCUUGGAACUGCAGUUGGCUUUUUGCUACCACCAGUUUUAGUGCCCAACACUCAGAAUGACACAAAUCUCCUGGCUUGUAAUAUAAGUACCAUGUUUUAUGGAACAUCAGCUAUUGCUACACUUUUAUUUAUCUUAACAGCAAUUGCAUUCAAAGAGAAACCUCAGUAUCCACCAAGUCAGGCUCAAGCAGCUCUUCAAGACAGUCCCCCUGAAGAGUACUCCUAUAAGAAAUCAAUAAGGAACCUGUUUAGAAACAUUCCUUUUGUCCUUUUGUUGAUCACCUAUGGUAUCAUGACUGGAGCAUUUUAUUCAGUCUCAACAUUAUUAAAUCAAAUGAUAUUGACAUAUUAUGAGGGAGAAGAAGUGAAUGCUGGAAGGAUUGGGCUAACACUGGUAGUGGCUGGAAUGGUAGGCUCCAUUCUCUGUGGUUUAUGGCUGGAUUAUACCAAAACAUACAAACAGACUACUCUGACAGUUUACAUUUUAUCUUUUAUUGGAAUGGUUAUAUUUACUUUCACACUGGACCUUGGAUACAUCAUCAUUGUAUUUGUUACUGCAGGGGUGCUUGGUUUCUUCAUGACUGGGUACCUCCCCUUAGGGUUUGAAUUUGCUGUUGAAAUCACUUACCCUGAAUCUGAAGGUACUUCAUCAGGUCUUCUUAAUGCUGCUGCACAGAUAUUUGGAAUUUUAUUCACAUUAGCUCAAGGAAAACUCACAACAGACUACAGUCCUAGGGCAGGGAACAUUUUCCUUUGUGUCUGGAUGUUUAUAGGCAUCAUUUUAACAGCAUUAAUCAAGUCUGAUCUGAGAAGACACAACAUAAAUACAGGAAUUACAAAUGUCGAUGUUAAAGCUGUGCCAUUUGACAGUCCCACAGAUCCACAACCAAAAACUGUUAUGUUGUCCAAGCAGUCAGAAUCAGCAAUUUGAGAUGAAAGAAAAAGUUACUAUCCUGUGGUAACUGGGGUACAGUAUGAUCGUCCUUGGGAAGACAUAUGAGCAGUAAGGCUGGGUUUAUAUGUGGUGGGGAAUGAACACUUACUUGAAAAUUA